AUGGUCGGCGAUAUGUCUUUUGAUAAUGCAAGAGUUUUGGUGUUCGGUGGCACUGGAGCCCAAGGGCGAUCGAUUGUUCAAGCAUUGGAACGGACCAAGCGAUAUCGUGUGUCUGUUCUCACUAGAAACAAAGACUCAACCCAAGCCGCGGCCCUGGCAUCCUCCUUUCCGGACGUCGAAUUCGUUGAAGGCUCGUACACAACAGAGGAAGGCCUACGCAACGCUUUUGCCAACCAAGACGUUGUAUACUUCAGUAUAGACAGUUUCAACGUUGGUGAGCCAUUUGAGUACUUCUGGACGUUUCGUGCCUACGAGAUCGCUGUCCAAAGUAAGCUGAAAUGGUUCAUCUUCGCUGGUGCUGGAGAUAGAUACGGCAACUUGGACAUGGAUGAAAAAUACAGGAACAGUCACAAUAUCGUGUCUAGUAGGUUAACUGGCUGGUUAAUGAAUCAGCCUCUUGACCGACUCCCUUGGACUAUCCUGACAGGCGGAGUUUACGCUGAAAUGCUUGGGAUCCUUCUAAGACCGACUGAGAACGAGGAUGGAUUCGUCUUUCAAAAUCCCAUGGAUGAUGACAGCGUCAUGCCACUUCUACCUCUUGAAAUGUACGGUUAUCGCCUCCAGUGGGCUUUGGCACACCCAGAGGAGAGUAUUGGAAAAAUGUUGUCCGCAGGACCCUUUUUUGUCACUUUUCCAGAGAUCGCUACAGCACUUCAGCAAGUCACAGGCAAAAAGGCUCAAUUUAAGAGCAUUACGACAUCCGCAUGGAUGGAAGCUAUUUCUAGCCAUGUAGAUCCAGAGGGGAGAUUGCCCAGAAGAGCGGAUCCCACUGAUCCCACUUCGUUUACGUUUCGCAAAUCUUUUUCGGCCUGGUGGAAUAUUUGGAAAGAGCAGAAAGAAAAGAAGAUAGAAGAUAUGGCUUGGGCGGAUGAAGUUUAUCCUACACGACCAAGGAGUUUGAAGGAAUGGAUGGAAACAGUUGGGUAUGAGGGGAAGCAAAUUGUUCCCCUCUAUGAGUAG